AUGGUAGGCGACGAUAGUAACAGUGCGGAGGCGGAUCAGUGUCUACUUACUUCGGAGAAGCUCUUGGCCUCAAGUGACUUCCACGGAGCAAAGACAUUUGCGAUCCGUGCAUGCGAAGCCGACCCUUCCCGAACAGAUGCAGCGGACCUUAUCCUCGCCAUCUCCGACACUCUCCUCGCCGGGGAAUCCACCGUCGGAGAUUCGAAACUACCAGACUGGUACCCGGUGCUCCGACUCGUCCGGCUAACACAAAACCCCGAACACGCCGCGAUUCAGUACCGUAGACUCGCUCUUCUCCUCAGUCCCGCGGUUAAUCAUCUCCCUUUCGCCGAUCGGGCGCUUAAGCUCGUCUCUGAUGCUUGGUGCGUCCUCUCUGAUCCUCCCAGGAAAUCAAUGUACGACCGAGAGCUGCAGAUGACACAAAUUGGUCAAUUCGGCCAAACCCAUAGCGAAUCGCAGCGAUUUCAGUCCCGACGGGAUUCGCCGCCAUUGCAGAGCGAAGCUGAGACCUCGGAGAAUCCUAUGGCUACAAGCUUUUGGACUGCUUGUCCAUUCUGUUUCGCGCUUUUUGAGUACCCCAAGGGGUACGAGGGAUGCGUGUUGAGGUGUCAGCAAUGUAGAAGAGUGUUUGAAGCGGUUAAGACGCAAACGCCACCAGUGGAGGGUAAUGGUGAAGGCGUUUACUUCUGUUCAAUGGCUGUGUUCCCAUUAGCGAUUUCAGAUCGUGCGAAAACCUCUGGCUCUGGUUGGUCGCCAAUUUCACACCUCUUUGUUUACCCUGUGCAAAGCUCUGAUCAGCAAGCAAAUGUUAAGAAGGCUCCUCCAAGAAACUGUUACGAUGAUAAUGAUGAUGACUUGUAUAUUAUAAUAUCUGAUGAUGAAGACAGUCGGAGAGAUGAUGCGAAGGGAAACCAGAAAGGUGGAUAA